AGCAACUCUGAGUUUUCCCUCAACGUAAAAAGUGGCGGAUGAAAACUCAAAAUCAAAAUGUCGAGUUAUCGAAUUGGCAUGAAUUUAAGGGUCACCGAAGACAGUAACCAAGGUGGCCGACGUUAUAUGGAAGACAGACACGCCAUUCGAUUUGUUAAAAAUGAAGAAGGAGGUUUUGAAUUCGCUUACUUUGGAAUAUUCGAUGGACAUGGCGGUGGUGAAGCUUCCAAAUAUGCUCGUGACUAUUUACUCGAUGAAAUCACUAAAUAUGAUUGCUUUUGGAGCGAUAAUGACGAAGAUAUAUUGUACGCAAUCAAAUCAGCAUUUCUAGAUACACACUAUGGGAUGUGGAAAGAACUUGAUAAGUGGCCUCGCACAGGAAGUGGUUUACCCAGCACAGCAGGGACAACAGCCAGCAUUGCAAUUAUCAAGAACUCAAAGUUGUAUGUUGGCCAUGUUGGAGACUCGGCAAUUGUUCUUGGUAAAAAAUAUCCAAAGUCAAGCUAUGACCCCAUUGGUAGAAGCGCUACAAUGCUCACAAAGGAUCACAAACCUGAUGAUCCAGCAGAACUGCAGCGUAUAGAGCUAAGUGGGGGACAGGUGGUAGCCAAGUCAGGUGUACAGAGAGUUGUCUGGAACCGACCCAGAACAGAUCAUAAAGGGCCCGUAAGGCGAAGCACACCCAUUGACAAAAUACCUUUUUUGGCAGUGGCACGAUCGCUUGGUGAUCUAUGGAGCUAUAAUUACCUGAAGGAAGAGUUUGUUGUGUCCCCAGAGCCAGAUGUGUCGGUGCACAAGCUAAACCCAGAGUUUGACAAGUGCCUCGUGAUUGGCUCAGAUGGACUUUGGAAUAUGCUAUCUGCCGAUGAGUCCGUCAACACGGUGUUUGACCUUGAGAGUCAGUUUGAGCACAAGGUUAUCAAUGAUCCGACUGUUCCACUUUCAUACUGGAUAAAUCCAGCUGAGCGUCUUGUGCAGGCAGCCCUUGCAAAGUGGCGAAUGCGUUUAAUGAAAGCCGAUAACACCAGUGCCAUUGUUGUCCUCAUAGACCCACUGGGACCACGCAAACUGUCCAUACUGCGAAAGAAACGGGAGGAGAGAAUGAAGGAGAUAGCAGAAAAACGCAUCAACAAUGCCAAGGCAGCUGAACUGUUGACAGCCCAAGAAACCUUGACAAUUGGUAGCCCCAAAAAGGUGCCAGUGAAGGAUGAGCUUGUACCUGUGAUAUCAUAUACUGUGAAGGGUAAAGGUGGGGUAUCUGAAGGUAGGCACUCAGCCCCUGCUCAAUCUCCUGUGAACAAAUUCCUGGAUGAUAGCAUACAGUUGCUAAAUGACAGUGAAGCUUCUCAACUAAACUCAAGUAAACAUAAUGAGGCAAAACACAGCAAGUCAGCAACAAUGAAAACCACAUCCCCAUCUGUGCAAUCACCAGUCACCAAAGAGGAUACGAGUCCUACUCGCAUGGCUACACGACAGUCGCCUCAUAAAUCUGUAUCCCUGAGUCCAAGUCCAGUUACCCUUAAGAAACUACAGAAAGAGUCGCAUGUAUCUACAAUAGGUAAGUCAAGAACACAGGCAGGGCCCUCGAGUGAACAGAACAUUUCUAGUAGUCCUAGUAACUCGAAUCAACAAAAAUGUCUACAACCCAGCAAGUGCACUUAUGAUAAUGUAAAGCCAUCAAUUCCAUCCAAGCAGCCAACCGUUAUCAAAAUGAAAGGUUUGGAGAACAUGUACUCCUCUGUUGUGCAAUUCAGCAAAGGGCAUUUAAAUUUGCGGACCAAUCUGCAAAAGUGCAAGGAUGUUAAGAACUUGAACAAUUCUAGCUCAGUAGAUGCUGUUCGAACAGCAAAGAAGGUCCACUCAAGUAAGAGUCUGACCACAAGAAUCAGCUUACGACUGCGAAGGUUGAGGCAAAAGACACAGACAAAAAGGAGCCACUUAGAAAACAAAGGAUUUGUGAAACCAGGAACAAAGCGAAAGUUGGACAGUGAGAGCUCGUCUGUAACACCUGCAUCAAAGAAAGCCAAACACUCCUGAGUGUUUUAUCUCAUUUAAAUGUUUUGUACCUGUUUGCACAGUUAGCAAAUAGUUUUUUGGUAUUCAUUGAAGGUCGCAUUGUCUUUAGAUAUUGAGCAGAUCUCGACUUGUUCAGAAGUAAUGAUAUCUGUUCGAAAAGCAUAUGAUCUUAGCAAUUAUUUUGCCAUAUAUUGAUGUUUUUUAAAAUAACAUGGCACAAAUGUUUGUUUCCAUAAAAUCACGUGUGGCCUGUAACAUCUUGGGACCUCAAAUGUCAAGGUCAGCUCAUAGGUCAAAUAUUGUCAUUUGACGGCUUAAAAAUUCUGGGCUGAGUUAAAGCUUUGCCAUUAUUUAAGGGACGUUAUUAAAGUAUCUUCGGCCACUUGUAAACAUCAAUAAGACGACAGUGUCACAAGUAAAAUAUUCCCUACCUUACCGAUCAAGGUCACACUUAGUGGAUUAAGAUCAGCAUCAGCAGUCUGCUACUUUUUCUUUCUUCGUGAAUCUUAAUGACCAUCAUGAGGAAACGGCAUGUUUUGUGUAACAUCUGUCUUCCUAUCUCAAAUGUCAAUGUCACUCUUAGAGGUCAAAAGUCACAUUCAGUCAUAAACAUUUUGUGAACAAAAGAAAAGUGCGAGUGCAUCCUUGUCCUAGGGACACAUGUCUUCUUACAUUGAAAAUGCUGCUGCCUUACUUGAGAAUUGUAUGGAAAAUCAAAGGACCUUGUGAAUCGCUUUUAAAUUUAGUGAAUAAUUGCUAAAUCAAACACAAUUUGUAUUGUUAUUGGAAGAUGCUUUUCAAGCUUUUUUUUAGCUUGUAUAUUCUGUAGGGAUAGCAAAAAAUACUGAAAAUGAUAUUCGAAUAUUCGGUUGUCAUUAUUCGAAUAUUCGAUUUUAAGCCUUAUACUAAAAUGUCCGAACUAACGCCUGUCCGUAGCAAAGUAAAGUUCCUGAUUCCCACGCAUAACACUUAUAGUCGUUGUGUAUAUGCAGCUUUUGAAAGGGGAUAAGAGUUUUAUUUUUAAAGAACAAUAAUUGAUUAUUGAGUUCUAUUUUUUCGCAUAAUACUUUUAAUUUUUAUGCCCCCGGUAGGGUGGCAUAUAGCAGUUGAACUGUCCGUCAGUCGGUAUGUCGGUCAGUCUGUCCGAAAAAAACUUUAACAUUGGCCAUAACUUUUUCACUAUUGAAGAUAGCAACUUGAUGUUUGGCAUGCAUGUGUAUCUCAUGGAGCUGAACAUUUUGAGUGGUGAAAGGUCAAGGUCAUCCUUCAAGGUCAAAUGUCAAAUAUAUGGUGUCUGUCCGUCCGAAAACUUAAACAUCGGCCAUAACUUUUUCAAUAUUGAAGAUAGCAACUUGAUAUUUGGCAUGCAUGUGCAUCUCACGGAGCUGCACAUUUUGAGUGGUGAAAGGUGAAGGUCAAGGUCAUCCUUCAAGGUCAAAUGUCUAAUAUUUGGUGUCUGUCCGUCCGUCCAAAAACUUUAACAUUGGCCAUAACUUUUUCACUAUUGAAGAUAGCAACUUGAUAUUUGGCAUGCAUGUGUAUCUCAUGGAGCUGAACAUUUUGAGUGGUGAAAGGUGAAGGUCAAGGUUAUCCUUAAAGGUCAAAUGUCAAAUA